AAUAAGUCGAUUUGACGUUAAGGUCACAUUCUCUUUCUCCCCUAUUAACAUUCAUCAUAUUCUUUUUUUUCUUCUGUUCGCUCCAUUGCACCAUCAUAUGUUCUGCUUAUCAAAUGUUGUAGUGGUUAAUUCUAAAUGAGAGACUUUCUAAGCGCGGAUUGGUUGCAAGCAAGGUGCGAAAAUGUGGGGAGGACGCCGCGGGACGAUAUAAAUACGAAUUUCUUGGGUUCGAAGUUUCAAAAAAAAUAAUGGUCAGAAUGUACCGUCUGCUGCUCGUCGUGUCGCUGAUGGCUCUCCUCGCCGUGGAGGCUACCUUCAAGAUGCAGGAGGUGUUCAGAUGGAAACAGAUGGACUACGCCUUUGCAGACGAGGGGAAGAGGAACGAGGCACUGUUCAAUAAGAGGUUCAUUCCCGAAAAUAAUCUACCGGUCGGCAUAGAGAUUUGGAACGACAAGCUCUUCGUGAGCGUCCCACGAUGGCGUGCAGGUAUUCCUUCGACGUUGAACUAUGUGCAGCUGUACAAGGGUGCACCGGAAUCCCCGAAGCUAAACCCGUUCCCGGAUUGGAAGAGCAACGAGGUUGGUAAUUGCGAAACGGGAAUGACGACCGUCUACCGUAUUAAGGCGGACAAAUGCGAUCGUCUCUGGGUGCUGGACACGGGCACCUUCGGUAUCGGUAACACCACAACCAAUCCCUGCCCUUAUGCGCUGAACGUCUUCGAUCUACGCACCAAUCGCCGAAUUCGCCGUUACGAGCUGCGUGCUGCCGACACGAACGCCAACUCUUUCAUAGCGAACAUCGCCGUGGACGUCGGCAAGAGCUGUGACGAUGCCUUCGCCUACCUCAGCGACGAGCUGGGCUACGGCUUGAUCGUCUACUCCUGGCAGGAGAACACUUCGUGGCGCUUCAUGCACAGCUUCUUCAUGCCGGAUCCCCUCGCCGGCGACUUCAACAUCGGCGGCCUAAACUUUCAGUGGGGCGAGGAGGGCAUCUUCGGCAUGUCCUUAUCACCGAUGCAGCACGACGGCUUCCGAACGAUGUUCUUCAGCCCGCUGGCCAGCAAUCGGGAGUUCUCUGUGUCUACUCGCACGUUGCGCGACAAAACGAAGGUCGAGUCGGCCUACUUUGAUUUCACUCCAUUGGAGGAUAGAGGUCCGUUGGCUCAUACCACGGCCAGGGUCAUGGACGAGGAUGGCGUGCAGUUCUUUAAUUUGAUCGAUCAAAACGCAAUCGGCUGCUGGAACAGUUUGAAUCCGUACAGGCGCAACAAUCUGGCCAUGAUCGAAAGGGAUGACGAGAAGCUGAUCUUCCCCUCGGACGUGAAGGUCGAUCGCGAGGCAAACGUCUGGGUCAUGUCCGAUCGCAUGCCCAACUUCCUCCUCUCCAGCCUCAACUUCGAAGAGUACAACUUCCACGUCUUCUUCGCACCCAUCAACGUCCUCAUCAAGGACACUGUCUGCGAGAAACCCACGCCUCAAUUCCUCUACGCUCUUUACCGAUAGUCAUAAAUUUAACCGUUUUUGUAUUGGAAUUGCACCAAUAACAAUACUAACAUAUUCAUUACUUAUAAUUUACUGCAUUUAAUAUUUCA